UAAAUCAGACUUCCAGGAGUUGUACAAUCAUCAUGCUUAACUGUUGUAGUAACUAGUGUUCUUUCAUUAUUCUUCGCUUUUGCUUCAAGUAUCAGAGGUAAUGGAAGAUCACUUCAUUAUAGAAUAUGUUUAAUAGCCUCUUAGUAAAGCUUCUUAGUUGUGUUAAUAACAAAAUGGAGCAUGUCUUAUGAGCAUGUCUUAUUGUAUAUUGCUAUUACCUUUCCUUUAAACUUGUGAUGUAGUUGCAACCCUUGGUGAGAUGCUUAGGUAGGGCUGAUGGGAUUUUGUUUGAAGCCUCUUGUGCUGACUACAUGCGCCCAGGUUCAUUGCUUCAUGUGCGUGUGGUCAAAGCUAGUGAUGGCAUGAAUCCUGAGCUUUAAUGUACUGAUGCCAGUGGUAAAGCAGCAGAAUUUGGGCUCCUGAAAGAUGGGUACAUGUUGGAAACAUUGACUGGCCUUUCACGAAUGUAAUUUCUCAUUAGCAUUACGAUGGUCCUCACGCACGCAGUUAAGAGAUUCAUGGAAUUAAGCUUGUGGUUUCUGAACCAAAAUUUUAGACACGUCUUAUUUUUUUUGGGUAUAAUCAGGCUUCUUAGCUCUCCAACAUGUCCUGUUCUUGAGGCUCUUGGCAAGAAGCUGUCAUUUGAAAUAGCUGUUGGGUUAGAUGGCCGUGUUUGGGUUGUUCGCUCUGUCAAAUGGCUUGAAGAUGAGUUGGAACUUAAUGCCCUUCAUAACCCUGGUAAUCGUCAGGAUAGUGGCAAUGAGAAAGCUGUCGUUGCCCAAAGAGCUGCUCUGUCUGCUGCUUUUGGAGGGUUCUGAUAAUGAUUGUUACAUUAGUUGAUGCUAUAAUUGUGGCUUCAGAUCAGAGACGAGUUUUCCAGAUUGGGGUUGUGCCUUAAGUAAAAUGUAUAACCGAGUUUCACGAUAGGAAUUUGUUGCAGUGUUCAAGUGUUGAUAUAUAUUUCCUAUCCUCAAUACCAUUUUUGUCUUUACAGGUGUGAAGGCAACCUAUCUCCUUGCAGUAGCUUUUCUGGAGAUACGUCUCAGUAGCAAUGGCGGCAUCCGUAAUGGCAAUGCUAGUUUGAGUGCCUCAAGAAGUGCGUUCAGCUGUGUAUUUGAAUACCUCAGAACUCUAAAUCUAAUGCCGGCUGUCUUUUAAUGUUUGAC